UUUGAAAUGUUCUCUUUUUUAUGGUAGGCUUUGGUCACUUGACAAAGCAGCUGAUGACAUUGGCCGACGGACGUGUGGCCUUGGCUCUAGAGGGAGGCCACGAUCUGACAGCCAUCUGUGACGCAUCUGAAGCCUGCAUAAACGCCCUUCUAGGAAAUGAGCUCGGGCCCCUUGAGGAAGAUGUCCUCCACCAGACGCCGAACACCAACGCUGCCGCUUCUUUACAGAGGAUCACUGAAAUCCAAAGCAAGUACUGGAAGUCGAUCAAGAUGGUGGCUGUUGCAAGGGGCUGUGCUUUGCCUGGUUCUCAGCUGCAAGAGGAGUCGGAGACCGUGUCUGCACUAGCCUCUCUGACGGUCGAUGUGGAACAGCCAUUCUCUCAGGAAGAUGGCAGAACUGCUGGUGAGCCCAUGGAGGAGGAACCAGCCCUGUGAAGUGCCAAGUCUCCCCCGAUAUUUCCUGUGUGUGACAUCAUUGUGUAUCCCCCACCCCCAGCCCCAGCACCCUCAGACACGUCUGCUGCUUGGGUGGCACGGUUUGAUGGAACGUAAACACCGGGCAUCAGGUUCUGAACAGCAGCUUCACUUGUUCUUUGGAUGGACUUGAAAGGGCAAUGCAGAUUCCUGAAACUUAACCACUGUGAGUCUAAAGUUACAGUAACCAGGAUUGGAAGAAACUGCUCCCCGCGCGCGUUUAUGCUGGAGACCCCGCUCCCAGACACGGCGUGAGCUAGAAACCUUCGGUGCAGCACUAAACACUGUCCGUUCAGAAGCUAGGACGGCCAUCUUCGUUCCUGACAUCGUCAUCAGUGCUUUAUUGUGUAGUUUACUGUCGAGUAGACUUAAAUUGUUUCUUUUCAGCUAUGAUGGGAAUUACAGACAGAUUGCUGUGGGCUGCAGGGAUUUUCUUCUUUUGUUUUGUUUUGGAUUUUUUUUUUCUGUGUUCUAACACACUUCCAUCCUUCCUGGUAAGACUUCAAGAUGGAGCUGGGAUGAGGCUUUGUUCUAGUGGGGGAAAAAAAUCACAAUGUAUUUGGCAGUCCAAAUGGAACUUGCACACCGUGCCUACUAUGUGCCAUGGGACAGUAUUUUAUGUCCUAUUUUGUCUGUUUCAAGUUCUCACAGAUUAUGGAUUUGUAGUUUUGUCCAGUACCGAGGUCUCUUCCACCGCAUGCAACUCCACCUAAAGGACCACGGCUGUGGGGUGCAUCUCUGGGCAGAUGUGCGGUCUGUGAAAAGCACAGACCUCAGGCGCUGUGGUUUGCGCCCCAUCUUUCCAGCACACCUCUCUCCUUUCUCCGUCUGCUGCUUCCUCCUUUAGAGAAAACACCCACAGCCUCCCCAUCCUCAGGGGAGCUUAGCAUUUGGUUUCUACCGUUUACCUUUCAGGCUAACUUACUUUGUUAUCCGAUUCUGCACAUGGCUCAAGCGAUGUCACCGAGUGUUCCAGGUCUUAGGGACGCAGUAAUGAAAAUGGCAAUGAUCUGAAGUCCCUGUGGAUGGGGCUAAGGUGGGAGCUGUGCCUUCCAUGGAAACUCACCCAGAACUCCACCAUUGCACAGCCUGCCUUUCUAGCAAAGGUUCAAAAUAAAGGACAUUUAUUCCUGAGAUUAAAAACAGCUUACUAAGUAAAAUAGAAUCAAGUUAGUCGCUGCCUCUGAAAAAUGCAUUUCAGUGCAUAACUCAAACACCUAAGACACUGAGGUAGAAUAGCUCACAUAUUUAAUAUCUGACAAUGCUUUUGAACAUUGAUGUUUCUUUUUAUAUAUUUUCCUAACUCAAAGGAUAUAUUAAAGCCAUAAGUGAAGAUUGUCAUGCUUUUAUUCAGAAAUCUGAAAGAAACCUUAAUUAAAACAAGGUUUUAGGGAAGGCCAAGAUCUGAAAGACAUGGAACAAUGUGGUUUUAGUUAGGGAGGACUCCAACCUGUAAAUCAAAGAUGAAAGAUCUCACUCACGUAGAAUUACAUAACUCCCCUUUGUUAUACACUCAGGCCACAUUUUUCAUGCAUUUGGUUUUUUUAGGAUUACCAUUUUAAUUUUAAAGACUUUUAUUACAUAUACAAAAAUGGCUCGGUACUUGGUUUAACAUCUUAGAAAUUUGAGAUACCCUUUGAAAUAGGAAAUCUGAAAUGGAAUGUAACUCAGUAUUAGGUAAAAAUGACUUUCAUUGCAUAAGGGUUAAGUCAAUCUAGACUCAUGAUUAUAAUAAAUGUUUUCUAAAUUCCAUUUUCUUGAUGUUUUAGAGGAAUCCCUGCCAAUUAUAUUUGCUAACUCCUUUUUUAAUUUUCUUUUUCUUUUCUUUUUUUUCCCCCUUGGUAAUUGAGAAAAUUUAUUUAAAGAAAAACAAAGGCUUAAAGGCUUACAAAGAAGACCUCACUUUAAAAGAGGGAAAGUUAUCAUACUUCAAAAAGCUCUGUAAUUGUGAACCUUCUAAACCAACUUCAGAGUUACACAUUCCUGUCAUUGCAAAUCUAUACUAGAUGCUGGGUAAUGAGACAAAACAAGGCAGCACAAGUUUAUUAAUUCACUGAUCUCCCUGCAACCGCAUGGCCUCGGAAGGUGGCUUCUCAGUCUGACGAAGCCAACUCACUAGGUUGUUGUAAACUCUGUGGUAGUUUAGAUUUUUAAAAUACUUAAUAAAGAGCUAAUCACACUCUUCCUCGCCGCUGUGCAACAACACACCUAAUUCGUUGCAAUGCAAAUUAUUAGGAUCCCGAGAGCAGACACACCCUGGUGAAGGACAGAGCUGAAGGUAGCUUUGUGGGCUGAGAGGUUCUACACCUGAUUGCAGGCACCAUUACACUAUGGAGUGUGGCCCCAGAGGGCGGAGAGCACCAGCGUUUCUUCAGAAGCUGACCACACUUUCAGUCCAACUGGUAUAUUUUUCUUCACCUACACUUUAGUUUUUAUUGUUCCCAGUGGUCCCCAAUGAAAGGCUAAUGGAGAAACAUUACGGCUCCUGGGGCUCGUUCUGACCCCCCCCCCUUUGAAAGACGACCCCGUGAGUUCCCUCACAGUCUAGCACAACACACACGUGUUGAAAUAAAAUAAUUUUUGAGAAAUACAUGAGUAAAAAAUAGUAAGUUUAAAUAAUAGAAACAAAGUGAAAUAUAAUCAGUUUUGUUUUCUAUAUAAUUGGACGUUUUAUUUUUGACUGCAUUAAGCAACCCUAGUAAGGACUGAGCAGGUAUGAAUAUCAAUGAAAAUUUUUAAUAGCAAAUGGGGAAAUAUUGGAAGGGGAACAUUUUCAAAUAUUUUAUCUAAUGUGUAAUAUCCAGACAGGAGAGAGAACUCGGAUUUUGGAGACAGUAGAUAUAUUUGUUUAAAAACUCUCACAAGUGACAUUUCCAUGCACACGCAGUCCUAGGAACAGCAACGGUGCCUUCAGUGUGCACUAUGACCCACUAGGGACACUUUCGUUCAUCCAACUAAAACACAGUGGCCUUGAAAAUGGGGCAUUUCCUCCCUCGAAGAUGUCAAAAACCUGGGACUAGUCUUUCCAAUAGGUCAGACCUAUUUUAUUGCUAGAGGUCAAUGGUGAAGCUCUGUGAAUGUACUGAUAUCUUUACAGACUCCACACGGGAGCGUGUGAGAAUGGUCCUGAGGGUCGGCUGAAGGAGACCGCCUCCCCGCUCAGCACUUUAAACUCGCUUUAUUUGAUUCUGGCACUUUGCGAUUAAGGCAAUUUAUUAAGUUGGGGUUUUUUUGUUGUUUUUUUACUAUUUCUCUCUCAAAAUUUUUUGUCUAUGAGUUUCAGUGGAAGCAAGUGUUAAAACUGAGCAGCCUGGAAAGAAGCCAAAAGUUUGUCUCCUAAGCCAUGAUUCAUUCUGAGCUUGAACUCGCUGCUCCGUCUAAGUGUGGCAUUGUCUUUCCUAGUCUUAUCUGUCCCAAUAUUCUCCUCCUGCUUUUGGAAAUCACGUGCUUGCUGAGAUACACACACACACACACACACGCACAUGGACACAUGCGGACACACGCGCGCACACACACGCACACACUUGCACACGCACAGAGAGAGAGAAUGCAAAUGGCACACUUGUAGCCCUACUUCAAUAAAGAUGACAUUUUUACCUCCAAAGAAACAAAAGGCAAAUUAUCUGAGGUGGAGAAGAAAGGCUUUCCGUUAUCUCAAGGACGGCCAGUGCUGUGGUCACGCUCACAGCUCUCCGUGUUCACAUUAUAAAUACCCAAGACUAUAGAAUUUCCGUUCUCCAGACCAGUCACACAGCACAUAUACGUUCUAUCUACCUGGUCUCAUGAUGUAUCUACAGGAAUGAGAGUGUGUCCGUUGUCAGUAAGUAUAUUGGAAGUAACGCCAUUGGACAAAUCUUAGACCAUAAAUCUGAGGCUAGCUGGACUGUAUCUCAAUGAUAAGGUAUUAGAGUGGUUAUAACUUAUCAACUGUCUUAAGUCUCAAACUAGAAAAGCUAGCAAAUAUAUAAUAUGCUAUACAGUGCCAAUAUUUCUAACCAGUGAUUUCCUUUCCUCUAACUCUGUUUCCCUUGCUUCCUUGCCAAUGGCAAAUUGGCAUAUCUACACCAUCAGAGUUUCUGAUUUCUUCCUACCUUAUGUUUCCUAAGCAGAAACAACCCUGCAAAUUUCUCUUCUGAGACUCCACUUGGCAUAUGGGUCUCCAGGCAUUUUAUCUAAACCUAGCCUUAUAGUCUUGAUUGUGUUGUUUACUUAUACCUAUCAAAAGAUACCUGGCUUAGCUAGCUUUAUCUAAAAACAUACCAAGCUUUGAUUUAUUCUGUACUUGGGGCUUGCCACUUCCAUUUAUUAAUGCAGAAUUUUACUUUUGGUCAAUUAUCGUCCACCAUUUUUGCUACUAUCCAAUUGGGUAAUAUUGGUUAUCAGACAGGGAAGGUUUUUCACAUUCCCCAUGCCCUUUGGAAGACACUUACGUGAGGCAAACCAUCAAGUGCACAUGACCACCUGAAGUAAGAAUAGCAAACGAGAAACUGGAAGACUAUAUAUUUUAGAAAUAAAAAUAUCUGACUCAUGAAAUAGAAAAUGGACUCCUUUAAUUUUCUUGUUUGGUCCUUCUGCACAUACGGGCACAAACAAUGCCACGUGUAUGUGGUCAGUUGUCUCCAGGGAUACUGUGGUCAGGUCCCUGGCCCUCUCAGGGACAUGGCAUUUGUAACAAUGACAAAACUGUCACAGGAGUGUCUGGAUUGAGCUCUUUGUUGGUUAACAUUUAGUAGAAAUGGAAUAAUAAAAACCACAAAAGAACAAAAAGUUUUGUAAUCUGAAGAGGAAUGUUACUUCUGUGUGUGUGCGCGAAGGCUAUUUUUAGAAUGGAAAAAAGCUCCUUCUCUCUUGCUAAACUGUAAGAUUCUCAGACUCUCUUUGGGUGGCUCUGCCAGUGUAGACCUUCACAGAAGCUGGGUGAGAUGACAUGGUCCUUUCAGGGAUGGCUGGGCUCAGCGAGUGUGCUCUUGCCUUUUGUUGGCCACCCGUGUCACUCGAGACAACAACCUGAUGUCGUAAAUCAGCUGGGAAGUCCAGGCAAACAAAUUCGUCACUGUUUUGGUUAAACGCUAGACUAUGAUUAUUGGAGCGAGUGCAGAUAAUGGGGACUUUCUGGCUUGUGUCAUGCAAAUGUGUCUUUUGUAUUGUGGUCCUGUACCUGUUACUGUGAUAAGAUCAGUUGCUUGUCCUCUGUGACCAAGUAGUUUUGCCCUUAAUUUUUCGACUUUCAUCCAAAGCUGUCAUCCGGAACUGCUGAGAAAAGUAUACAUAGUCAAACAUGAAGUUGUUCUGCCAGUGAUGCGUCCCCACAUGUGCAAGAUAAUUCCCUAAUAAAGGUGCAGUAGCUAAUGACGGCACCGUUGUUGAACAUGCUUUCGGAGUGUUCCUGCUCCCUAGUCUUUUGGAUUUGAAAACACAAUAUUAUUUUCCACAGGAUUGUUGACGUUGUUAGUGUCAACACUCCUUAGAAAGAAUAAUGAUGCCCAUUUUGUCUUGUGUUUUUUACUGAUUAGAUUUUCCUCUAGUCCUAUGUGAAUAAAAGCUAUUUGAAAUAAAUGUGUCCUAAAGUUUCUACAUCCUAGGUGCCUGCCCUUAGACUGUGCAUCACAGAUGAUCCCAAAUACAUGACGUUUUGUGAUAAACAACUAUUACUAAUUGUGAGAUAUGAUGAUAUACACUAUUCUACUUUUCAGAACUCUGGAAAUUUGAGGCCAGAGAUAUGGCUUGGUAGUUAAGAGCACUGGCUGCUCCUGCAGAGGAACCAGGUCAUUUCCCAGGACCCACAUAGCAACUCACAACUAUCUGUAGCUCGAGUUCCAGGGGAUCUGAUACCCUCUUCUUGCCUUUACAGGCCCCUGGCACAAACAUGGUGUAUAUCAUAC